AAAAUUCAAAUUCUAAACAUUUUACAUUCAUAGUAAUGUGUCUAACAUUUACAAUUUAUGUGUACUUUUCCCGCCAAUUUGCUCAAUCUUUUCGUUGUUGUGUGGAAAACUUAGACUUCCACUGACUAUGCGUUGUUUUGAAAAUAUUCCCCAAAGAAUAUUAUUUGAAAUUCGACAAGAAAAUGCGACUUCUAAAACCGGCAUGGGUAUCACACGAAGGCAAGCCAAUAUACUCAGUUGACAUUCAUCCUGAUGGCUCAAGAUUUGUUACUGGUGGACAAGGAGAUGAUGCUGGAAAGGUUGUUAUAUGGAACAUGGCUCCUGUUCGGUCCGAGGCUGACGAAAACAAUAAAGAAAUACCAAAAUUACUUUGCCAAAUGGAUAAUCACCUAGCUUGUGUAAAUAGUGUGAGAUGGUCAUGGAAUGGAACAUAUUUGGCAUCUGGUGGUGAUGAUAAACUCAUAAUGAUUUGGCAAACUGGAAGAUAUUUAGGUAUUUCAUCAAGUUUUGGUGAUAAAAAUGUAAAUGUAGAACAAUGGAGAUGUGUUCAUAUUCUUCGUGGUCAUUCUGGGGAUGUUCUUGAUGUAUGUUGGUCACCAGAUGAUUCCAUGUUAGCGUCAUCCAGUGUUGAUAACAAUGUCUAUGUAUGGAAUGCCAAGAAAUUCCCAGAAAUCGCGACGGUGCUAAAGCAACAUACGGGGAUGGUAAAAGGGGUUACAUGGGAUCCCAUAGGGAAAUAUAUGGCAUCACAAUCAGAUGACAGACAUUUGAACGUUUGGAGAACAUCUGAUUGGCAGUUAGAGGCACAAAUAACCGAGCCAUUUGAAGAGUGCAGCGGAACUACUCAUGUUUUAAGGUUAGGAUGGUCCCCGGAUGGUCAUUAUGUCGUUUCAGCGCAUGCAAUGAAUAAUCGCGGACCUGUAGCUAAAAUUGUCGAGCGUGAUGGAUGGAAAUGUCGGAUGGAUUUUGCCGGACAUCGUAAAGCUGUAACUGUUGUGCGUUGGAAUCCUCGUCUAUUUACAAGAGCUUCCAAUAAGGAUGCCACCAAGCUCAAACAAUUUUGCUGUUGCGCCAUCGGCAGUCGUGACAGAUCUGUAUCUAUAUGGAUGACGACACUUAAAAGACCCAUGGUGGUAAUACAUGAUUUGUUUGAUCAUUCUGUCAUGGAUAUUUCUUGGAGUUACUCUGGCUAUGAAAUGCUUGUCUGCUCAUCGGAUGGCAGUGUAGCGUUCUUUCAGUUUGAAAAAAACGAAAUGGGUGAUCCUAUGUCUGUCGAGGAAAAGGAACAACUUCACAGAAAGAUCUAUGGUACAUCAAUAUCUACUGUGAACCGCAACGUUGCAACGUCAAUCAUAGAAAAUCCUGAAAUGUUAAAGAUACAACAACAACAUCAGAUGAAGAAAGCAUUGGAACAAAAAUCCGCUGAGAAACCCCCUCCUCCACCUCUUGUACGAAAGGAUGCUGUCAUUGAUACAACGGAUAACGUAAAUUGCGAACACUCUGUUGAUGUUGGAACCGUUCGAAAUGAACCAAACAAAUUGGACGUCCUUAAACAACAAGUUGAGACCAGAACUAAAGACGGACGUCGUAGAAUCACACCUUUGUUUGUUGCAGCACAAGUUGAUAUUGGGGGCCCACCAGUACCUUUUGGAAGUUCGCCCUUGAAACCUGUCGCUUCUGGACAGUCUCUGCAAACGUUUGACAGCAGAACUGUUGAAACAAAUGCGACGACAGGAUUUAAUAUGUCUCCUGUAAACAAAUCAAACAAUACGGCAACUCUUUCUAAAGUGACGUCACUUUCGUCCCCAGGACGACCGAGUCAGUCCAGUCAAGCUUCUAGUCAGUCAACGACUAAAGGCGAGUCGACGACAUCAAGUCCUGCUACAGUGUCUGUGAAGCGUAAAUUGGAAAGCUCUUCGUCACAGUCAAAACGAUCUAAAAAAGAAAAGGAUACAGCACUCAAGACUGCUGUUUCAUCUUCAUCUUCAUCAAAACAGAAAGCAGACGACAAAUUGGAACGAAGUGAUGGUGACGUACCUUUGUAUUUGUCUCAAUCAAUUUCUCUACCUUACCCUUCACCUCAAAAGAUUUUAUCACUAAAGAUUGCUGGGGGAACCGCUGGCAGUUCAAUCACGCUCCUUUUAGAAAAUAAUGUAAACGAAACAGGUGCGAGUCUUAAUGUACUCAAGUGUAGUCAAAUGUCAAAACUAGUUUGGGAAACCUGUAUUACCAGUCCUGGGAUUGCUUUGGCUGGAAACAGAUGCAUAUCUUGUGUAGCUUGUAAAAACAAAACACUCAGUAUUUUUUCUUCUUCUGGUCGAAGGCUUCUUCCGAGCCUUGCAUUAGAUUCUUCAGUCUCCAUAUUGCAAUGUAAUGGUUACUUUGUCAUGGUUGUGACGUCACGGGGUGGUGUUUAUGUUUGGGAUGUUCAAAAGAGAACUGUUAUAGUAAAGAAUGAGUCUGUUGUGCCGAUUUUAAAAGACUCCGAUGUUACAAUAUCUCGAGUGACAAUAUCAGAGAAAGGAUUUCCUGUAAUCUCGCUUUCAACUGAAGCGUCAUUCACAUUUGAUGUCGAUUUAGGAACAUGGGUUCUAUUAUCGAGUCCAGAAGAUCCUUUACAAGUGAAUUCUGAUUUUAAGGCUUGCUAUAAUGCACACGAAUUAAGCAAGGCACACGGACUUUUAGCGAAUUUACAAGGUCAAAAUACAAGAUUUAAUCGUCCAGUCGGACGUCUUUUACGUUCUAUAUCCACGAGACCACAAUCGAUUACGGUAUCUUAUUUAGAGAAUCAAGUGUCAUCGUCUUUCACGCUUGGUUCGGAAAAAGAAUACUACUUUUGGUUCAUUACAUAUGUUCGUUAUCUUGUUCAGGAAGGUAUUGAAGGUAGACUCCGUGAAAUAUGUAACCAAUUAUUGGGACCAAGUUUCAGAUCCUUGUCUUGGAAACCAUACAUUUUGGGUUUCCAAAAGCGAGAGCUCUUGAGAGAGAUUCUUCAAAUAAUCGGAACAAAUAUGCAUCUACAAAGACUGUUUACUGAAUACAAAGAACAAUUAUGAAUGGGGCAUGUGAAUUUAAUUAUGAUUCAACUUGAGAUACUCAAGAAAAUAUAAAUAUGUACAGUCGAUUCAAUACAUGGAAUAAACGCACCAUAAAACUGUGCUUUUGAUCACUAUUUCUAAACAUGCUAAAGUUGUACAAUUACCAGGAUGUAUACAUUUUUUUCUUAAUUUCAAAAAAAAUAAAACUUUUAUUUGUCAAUUUGACAUUAAA